AUGAACAACACAGCCUUCCAGAUGGCACUGCUGGCAUGCAUUGCAGAGCUGGUCUUCUUUGCAACCACAGGGCAGUUGAGCUUUCCAGCGCUGACAGCCAGAUCAAAGGCCCUCGUGGGCAGUGUGGAGCAUUUGCAAGUGCAUGAAUCCAGGACUCCUGACAGCGUUCUGGGAUACUUGGGCUACAUGCGCCUGCGCAUUGCUGAGGAGGUGGCCUGGAUGCAUGGCAGUGCCCUCUAUGUCAUCAUGGCAGAAGGUGGCGGCGGCACCUUCAAGCCUGGAGACACAUCCCUCCUGCAGGAUUUCAUGGUGACUGUAUCACAGCUGGCAAUGUCCAGGGCACAGCAAGCUGCCCUGUCCCUGAUUGACCGCCUGGAGGAGCUGGCCCUGAUCCCAACCUUUGUGCAGGACUGCUUGGCAACGGUGGAUGCCAUGCUGAUGAACCACCUUGACCUUCUGUUCAACCAACACCUCUCACGCCUGGUCUCCUGCUGCGUGUAUGGCACAAGCAGGAUGCACAAUGUUGUCGUGUCCAUUAAGAGAGUCAAUCAGGCUGUGAUCACGGCGGCCCCACACCACGGCAUGGAGCUGUUUCAGGAGGUGAGUGAGAGCAUUGGUGAGGACACAGAGGGGCCUGUGAGGGACAUCCGGCAGCUGUACAACGAUGUCUUCCUGCCGCGCAUGCGCCAAUUCCUGCAGCACAAGGAGCGGCCCUCGGAAGAGCCCAAGAAGAAGGGAGGCGCCACCAAGCUGUCACGACUGCCGCUGCGCUCUCUCUCGGCAAAGGACAUCAAUUCCCGGCCGCAGUCGGAGAAGAAGAGACUGGCAAUCAUGCGGUGA